AUGUGGCUAUGGCUGGUGAUACUCAUCCCGAACAUCCUGUCAGAUGACGAAAAUAUCACAAAUGUAUUCGUGAAGGUGCCGCCCGGUAACAGUACGGGGGUCUCAUCAGAAGAAGAAUAUACCACUGAUAACGGUCCGAAUGUUUCGUCAAAAGACGAAAAUACCACGGAUGCCAGCCCGAAGGUCACACCAGAAGAGAAAUAUACGAGCGCAGAGGUUUCACCAGAAGAAGAACACACUACGGAUGCUGACCCAGAGGUUCCACCAGUAGAACAUACCACGGAUGCCAGCCCGGAGGUUCCAACAGAAGAUGAAUAUGGCACGGGUGUCUCAUCUGAUGUCGUACACGGCACAGAUGACACCAUAGAAGACGAAGAUGCCACCACAACACCGGCCCCACCUGAAGUAAGUUUUUUGACUGCUUGCAUCUAUAGUAACCGGUCUAAACUCUUAUAUGAAGCUACCGUAAAGAAUGGUUGA